AUGGCACCACUCACGCCCCAUUGGACCCAGCCGUCCCACCCGGAUGUCCAGGAUGUCGUCAAGGCGAGCGAGACCGAGUUCCUCACCAAGAGCUUCUCCAAGGUCUCUCUUCCGCCCUUUGCCGUUUACGCAAAAAUGGCCUUCCCGCCAUGCGACCUGGCCGACGAGCCUACAUAUGCCACCGUCCAGUGCGGCAAGGCCAAACACCUGAACCUCAACAGUGACCUGCUGUACAUCAAUCACUCAUGCGAACCGUCUCUUAUUUUUGACACGGGCAACUUUAAUGUCCUGGCUGGGCCGAAAGGACUUCAGCCUGGCGACGAACUGACUUUCUUUUACCCCUCCACGGAAUGGCACAUGGCCCAACCCUUUGACUGCUUCUGCGGCACCUCCUCGUGCCGCGGCAAGAUCGGCGGCGCACGCGACAUGUCCCGCGCUCAGCUCGAGGGCCUCUGGCUCAACGGCCACAUCCGCGAGCUCCUGGAGGAGCGCGACUCGGGGGCUCGCUCUGAGAAUGACGACCCCACGGCCCAGGCGCUGAGAGAUGCCCUCAAGGCCGCCGAGCGCGUCGUCGAGGCUGCUCGCUCCGCCCUGAGGAGCUACACCGAGGCCACUGGCAACGGAGCCCAGCAACAGCAGCAGCAGCAUCAGCAUCAGCAGACGGCCAAGAACGGCGUCAACGGCACAAAGGCCGGUCGCAAUGGCGCCAGUGCCAGGGAGUUGGGAGGCGAGAUGGGCGGCGACACGCGCGCCGCUUGA